GUAUUUAUUUGUUUAAACACAACCAAAUCCCUUAGCCCUAAAAACUGCUCUUUAAACUACUAUAUCAGCCGAGUCAGCCUUCCCUCACCAUUUCUCAAUUUUCCCUUUCCUUCUCUUGCAUGGGAUACACGAUAUUAUUUCUCUCUUCCUCUUCAAACGUUUGAUUCUCACACCAUCAUCCAAGUCCAAGGAUGUCUCGCAGUUGCUCCCAGUGUGGAAACAACGGCCAUAACUCUCGGACAUGCGGGGAGAGCUCUAUUGGUUGUGGUCCUAGUGGUGGCGCCGCCGCCAAAGGAGGAGAGAAUGGUAUCAUGCUUUUUGGUGUCAGAGUCAUGACGGAAGGCGCUUCCUUUCGAAAGAGCGUUAGUAUGAAUAAUCUCUCCCAGUAUGAGCAGCAGCCUCAGGACCCCAACGCUGAUGUCGCCGCCGGUUAUGAAUCUGACGACGUCGUUCACGCGUCAGGCAGGAGCCGCGAACGCAAGAGAGGGGUACCGUGGACUGAGGAAGAACACAGGCUUUUCCUGUUAGGGUUGCAGAAAGUAGGGAAAGGAGAUUGGAGAGGAAUUUCAAGAAACUUUGUGAAGACACGUACGCCUACCCAGGUGGCUAGUCAUGCUCAAAAGUACUUUCUCCGGCGAAACAACCACAAUCGUCGCCGCCGCCGAUCUAGUCUAUUUGAUAUCACCACUGAUACAUUCUUGGGUUCAUCAAUGGAAGAAGAGCAAGUCCACCAAGAAACUGCGGCUCUACCGCUGCCACCACAGCCACUCUUGUGCAAUAAUAUUGGAGGAUUUCCCAUGUCAAAUUUCCCAGUAUCGCUUCGCCAUGUAGUGUUACCGGUCACCGGCGACAACUCUGUGGAUAAGCUCUCAUUAGGAUCAAGCAGCUCCAAACUCAGUAAGUCACCGAAGCUCCUUCGUCCAAUACCAAUCAUCCCGGUUCCUCCAUCUUCAAAAAUGGCUGAUCUCAACUUGAACCAGAAGAGUCCCACCAACGAACUCGUACCACUGUCACUGAAGCUCUCUACUCCUUCAUCAGAGGAGCAGUCGCCGACGGCGUCUACAACGUCACAAUCUUCAGCUUUUCAGGCCAUGUCUGGUGGUGACAGCAUCAUAAGUGUUGCUUGAAGAAUAUAUGCAAUUAUGCAUAUAUGAUCAUACAUAAAAAUGGGGGGCGGGUGAUGUAAAGGUGUCGUUUAUUUCUUAUGGAAAUUGAAAAUUUGGGAUUAGCUAAUAAUUAAAAUGAGAAGAAGGGAAAAAAAAAAAAAAGUAGGAGAAAAAAGGUAGGUUAAUUAUUAGCAGAUUCUUACUAGCUAGUAGGUGAUUUAGGUGAUUCCUUGUUUGUACAGGUUGUAAGGAGGGGGGAAAAAGAUGGUAUGUCGUUUUCUUUUGCGGGGAAGACAUAUUGGAUUCUUGUUUAUUUUGUCUGCUUGCUUUUUGCGGUGAAGGGAUAGGGGGCCCAGCACUCUUAGCAUUCAAUAUGGUCUUCUUCUGCUACUACUAGUAAUGGUAGGCUAGCUGAUGUUGUUUUAGGACUUCGAACAGGGGAACAAAAUAUCUGAUGAAGAAGCUUGUAAUAUAUAUUCUGUUAAUGUGAAUUUCCAAUUCGAUGCUU